AUGUUGCUGGUGAUUUAUCCAACCUCUGCAAAACCGAUCGAUGAAAGCAACUAUGCAUUCCUACUCGACCUUGCUAAAGAAUACAUGAUGUCUGAGAAAUGUGAAAACUAUCUGAUUAGUCGUUUGAGCACGCCCGAUUAUUACUAUACUACAUGUGCGUGUGGUAAUAGAAGGCCGGGGCGUCAGUAUGUGAAUAAGGGAAAUUGCUUAGAGCUUUUAGUCAUCGCCCAAAACUACGGACUCAAUAGGUUGGAAUGCGAAUGCGUCGAGAGGGCAAAGGAUAUCCAAUUCUCGGAGCUGAAGAAAGACAACAACUUCGACAAAAUCAGUGCUGCUAACUAUCGGCAGAUUGUUGAGGGUAUGUUACAAGGUCAGCCUUUCUAA